AGUGAGAGAAUUUUCUCCGAAAGUGAGUCGCUCAUGAGCGAGAGUCGGAAAACCCCGACAAAAACACAAUUUUAAUCAGUUUUGCAGAUAAAUAUGAGACGUGGAGUGGAAAAAUUAGUUGUGAGAUUAUCGUGAGCCCACGUGUGUGCCACAGAAGUGCAAUAGUGUUGAGUAAAUUGUGAAUGAAAAGCUUGCCAUUAGAAGAAAGGUGUUUUUCUGUCGGGAAAAAGAUACUAAACUGGUAAUCUUCCAUGAGUGAUUCAUUCCGGAGGAAUCCUGCAGGGGAAAUCUUCAUGUUUGCCAAAACACAACGACAUUAUCAGUACUAAAACUCAGUGAAAAGUCAUGGUCUGUCUCUGCGAGUAUAAAUUGAAUUAGGAGAAAAGCCGCAAUAUUUAUUGACACGCUCUAAAGGAAGGCGGAAGAAGACAGGAAAUCAAGACUUUCUAUGGCAGAUCGUGCAAUAUUUUUAUUCAGUUAAGAUUUUUUACGAGAAACUGUGAUCUUUGAGAGGCACAAAGCAGUUGAAGAGUUGAAGGUGUGAAGCAUAAUAGAACGAAGUACAAAGGCGCAACUCGAAAAGAUGGAAUUUCGAUUCAAUGUGACACAAUAUUUUAAAACACCUAUUAUUAAAGUUACCAACACACUUCUACCCAAUGGAUACUAUGAGGAUCGACGUGCUGUUCUUGAUGCCACGAGCAAAGUGUCGGAAAUACUAAAUGAUAUCGGAGAAGCUUCUGCUCAAGCACAAGGAUUGACCAGGGCAGUGACAACAGCACAGAAACUUCGCAACUCCGACCAUAUUGUCUAUCUCAUGUCAGAGAAAAAUGACAAAACUGGCGUCGUGACGGGAUUGCUGAAGGUGGGCGUGAAAUCCUUGUAUGUGUUCGAUUCCGAUGGAGAGACGCACAAGGUGAACGCGCCCUGCGUCCUCGACUUCUACAUCCACGAGUCGCGCCAGCGAGCUGGUCUCGGGAAGGUUCUGUUUCAGUACAUGUUGGACCAGGAGAAUUAUCACCCGCAGCAGUUGGCCAUUGACCGUCCGUCUGACAAGCUCGUGGGUUUCCUCAGGAAGCACUACGGCCUCACGCAAACCAUCCCGCAGAUGAACAACUUCGUGGUGUACGAGGGAUUCUUCGAUCACAACACAUCACAGAGCAACUCUUCCAUGGAGACGACUGGACUUCACUUCACUAACAGUCCUAACACGAUGCUUUUUGGGCCGCAAUUCAAAUCCACCACGGCGGAGUUGAGGAAUCAGCAGCCGAACGGAAAGUCGCCCAUGCCCACGAUGCCCAACAUUGGAAAUCUGCAGAACACGCCCGUUGGCCGCUACGCCGCUCAGAGGCCCAGAUGUAGCAUGGCUGAGAUAAUUCACAAUAGUCCUGGCCGAGUUCCGAGCGAACCUCAGAGUAAUUUGGGCUAUGCGCUAGAGCAGCCCUACAAAGAGGUGCAUGUUGAUGAGGAACAGAUUGCACCGCAUGUUGUUGAGGUGGCGCAGGAACUGGCCGAGCUGGAGCUCCAGGAGCCAGCCAAUGGCGACGAUGAGGCGCCCCAGCAGCCGGAAGAGGGCUCAGACGAGCCGCCGCCUGAGGAUUUCGCGGCGGAAGAGGAGGAGGUGAAAUCUCCGGAGGAGGAAGUGACUGAGCGGCCAAUGUUCCAGCGGCCGACGCACUUCCAUCACAACAAGCAGCACACGGGCCUCAAGAACCUAUCCUUCAACGUGGGCAUGGCCGUGACGCCCACGGCGAAGAUGGAGUUCGACCAGGAGGCGCCCGAGAGUUUCGGCGUGGUGAAGAUCGGGCGGCCGAUCGGUGGACUCAGGGGCAGUCCCGGCACCGAUGCCGGUGACGCGGCGUCCGUGAUCUCGGGCGGAUCUGUCGGCUCACACGGUAGCGAUCCAGGCUUUCUGGACUUGAAAUUCUACCACAACAAAUUGUGGUGAACUGAGAAAAGUGUCCCAGAAAUUCUUCUCAUUUGUUCUCCCUAAAAUCAAUGGUUUUUACACUGAAUCAACGUGAUUUGCUGAUCUGUUUCUCAAUUGAUUUGUAGUUUAUAUUUAGUGUUGAAUUGUUUAUCACAUGUUUUGUAUGUUAUAAAUCAUAAUUGAUAAUCUUGAGAGAAGUUAUAUGAACAUUUGAGCAAGUGUAUCAGGCUUUUUGAGCGCUUUUUUACACACCUGUUAACAUAUUUUCCUCCCAGUUACAAGUUAAUACCUGAUAGAGCAUUAAAAUAUUAUACUAAAAUAACGUAAUCUUGUCGUUUUUGUAUUUUAUUAGAUGAACACACAAAUAAUGCGAUAUUUACGUAUAUAUACAUAUAUAACAUUUUUAGAUAUAAAGCAUUAUGCUGUUAAGCCCAUUCACAACUAUACAACAAUUGUAGCCACAAAUAAGAUUGUAGCAGUAACUAUAUAGUUGACUUUUUUUGUUUUUUGUGUGAAGAUAUUUAAUUUUUGAUACAAACCUAGCUAAUUUUGUUUUUUCUACAACUGUUGACGGAGAAACGGCAAAAGAUAUGAUUUUUUGUGUCCUUUCAGUGCUCCAUAUGAAAAGAUCUAUCGUGAUUUUAUGCUUUAACCAAAAUGAUUAAGCGAUGCUGAAGAAAAAAAUAAUAAUAUUGUAACCAUGAAUAGAAUCACAGACAUUGGAAAGUAUAACUUUCAACUGAAGUAUUCUGCUGAAAAUUAAAUUAAUGCAAUAAAUGUUCCAAAUGUUUCCAC